AAGCACAUUGCUGCCUUAGCCGUGCACAUCCUCUGUGUUAUUCAGCGGUGCGUAUCUCACUGCGUAUACAGGAUCAUUUGAAUAUUAUCGGUGUGGGAAGGCCUGUUUCAUGGCUAAAAUAUUUUUUGGUAAAUUUGUAAAAGAAAAAAGUCUUUUUGACAUUGCAACACUCUCUCAUCCUCUCACUGCCCUUUUGGUCGGUCACCGGGGGCAACUAAAAGAGGACGGCUGGGUGUGUCAGUGGUCGUCACGGAAGUCCGCUGUCCGGUGGCUGGACUGUGGGAACUCUUUAAAUCCACGCCAGUAUCCAUGAGGAUGGGGAAAAGUUGCACCGGAGUUCAAGCGUGGAGUCCUUUUGCGUGAUCUCCUUGGGGACUCCACCAUCUCCACUCGCUGACAUUCAGCGUUGUGCGCGACAGCCAAGGGCGCUGUGUUUUCUGUAGUCCCGGAGGAAAACGGCAGGAAUAAAACGCGUUUCUUAUUCUAUAUUUGAAAGCCGCUUGCUGCAUCUGAGUGAUCAGACAUAAUGAAUUUUAUUCUCAUCUGCCUGCUAUGUGGAUUGUAUGAUGUUCUAGCCAGAGAUAAAGAACAAAAGGGGAAGUACAGCGUCCCUAUCUUGAAUGUGAAAGCCCGGCAGCUGGUCCUGGACACCAACCAGACACUACUGCUCAGUUGCAGGGGCCGGUGGGAGCUUACAUGGAAGUUCCCAUCAGGUUUGGACAGAAAUCAAGUGCAAGUGAAUGAAACGCGCUGUGGAAGGAUAAACCAACGGCACUGCAGCCAUCUGAGGGUCAGCCACACCCAGGCUCAGCACACCGGCCUGUUCUGCUGCCGUUACCAGCGCCAGCCUCAAAAACAGACCUCCGUUUAUGUGUAUGUCACAGACAGCCAACAGCCAUUUGUGAACCAUCCAGGUGCGAGGCCAGAAGUGUUGUUCCUGAAGGAGAAGCAGCCACUGGUCAUUCCCUGCCGGGUCACCAACCCCAAUGUCACCACUACACUGGUCAAGUUCCCCAACAGCAUUCUCAGUCCAGAUCAGAAGAACAUUAUCUGGAACAGCAAGAAGGGCUUUAUCAUCCGAAGUCCCACCUUCUAUUACAUCGGUCUCUUCUUCUGUGUGACUAUAACUGAUAAUGUCUCACACAAUUCACAACAAUACUUUGUACACAGACCAGUGAGUAACAUCUUGGACGUGUAUCUGAACAGCAGUGGACCUGUGGAGGCUCUGAAGGGAGAGAGACUGGCUUUGAACUGCACUGCCACCGCGGAGUUGAAUACCAGAGUGAACAUCACCUGGGACUACCCUGGAAAGAGUAACAACAUUGGUUCCAUUUGCAAGAGGAUUCUGAAACACCGAACGCACAUGUUGUUCUACAGUAUUCUGACCAUUCCGGCACUCCAGCUUUCGGAUAAAGGCCUCUACACAUGCAGUGUUAGCAGUGGUGAAAAAACCAAACAACAAAAAGUCACUGUUACUGUCUAUGACCAUCCAUUUAUCCGUCUAAAACCCAAACAUGGAUCUGUGAUGGAGGUGCUGGCAGGACAGAAAUCUUACAGACUUGCUGUCAAACUAAAAGCGUUUCCUGUCCCUGAAGUCAUCUGGUUAAAGGACGGAAAGGUGGCAGCUGAGCAAUGCUCCCGAUACUACAUGGAUGGGAAUUCCCUGGUGAUCCGGGAUGUUGCAGUGGAGGAUGCUGGAAAAUAUACCGUCCUAGUACGAAUCCAGGAACACAAACUUUACCAGAAUCUCACGCUCACGCUUGUGGUCAAUGUGAGUCCUCAGAUAGGGGAGAAAGCAGUAUCACUGCAAGACCCUGGCUCUGUGCCACGAGGGAGCAAACAAACCCUGCACUGCACUUCCCACGGUGUCCCUUCUCCACACAUCCGAUGGCUCUGGCAUCCCUGCCCACCCAAAGGCCUGUGUGUGUGUUCGUCAUCCUCCUCGCUAUGGAGCCUUGUGACAGAAAGACUCCCCGCCACGUCCACACACAACCACAUCCUGAGUGUUACUCACAGACAGGAAGUGCUUCAGGGGACAAAAAAGACUGUGGGCAUCCUGACUGUGGCAGAGGCCUUUGUGUCUGGAGUGUACCGCUGCAUUGCCUCCAACUCUGUAGGCACGGACCAGCUAGACGUCCACUUCUACAUCACAGAUGUCCCAGGAGGCUUCAGUAUAAAACAACAGAAGGAGCCUAGAGAGGGUGGGGACCUCCAGCUCACCUGUGUAGCCAAUAAGUACUUGUACACAGAGUUGUUGUGGCAACAAGUGACUGACACAGAGGACGCUCAGACCCGGCGUCUGAGUGAUCAGCAGCUCACACCAGGGGAGUUCUCCAACUCUCUGGUCCUGCUGCUAAGUAACCUGACAGCCAGAGACGCCGGAGUCUACCGAUGCUCCGGGCGCCACCUUGUCACCAGACAAGAAACGCACUUGGACACACAGGUGGUGGUCAAAAUUCUCGAACCUCCUGUGCUGCUUCAUAAUUUGACAGAUUGCACUGUCAAUGUUAGCAGCUCAGUGGCCCUCAGCUGUCCCUCUGAAGGUGUCCCACCGCCAACCAUCACGUGGUACAAAGAUGAACAUCCUCUGUCACAGGGAUCAGGUAUUGUCAUAUCACCAGAAGGCGCGACCCUCCAAAUUGAGCGAAUCACAGUGGAGGACCAGGGUCUGUAUACGUGUCAGGCCACCAAUGAGAGGGGAUCUGCAGAGAGUUCUGGCCAUAUAUGGGUCAACACAGGUGCCUCAGAAGCUUCAUUUCUGGAAGCUCCCGCUCUCGCCUGCACCUGUGUGGUGUCCACGCUCUUCUGGCUUUUGCUCACACUCCUCAUAAGGAAACUGAGACAGCCCAACACCUCAAACACCAAGCCCGAGUACCUAUCAAUCAUUGUAGACACGGGAGAUGGGCCGAUAGAAGAGCAGUGUGAGAGACUGCAGUAUGACGCCAAUGAGUGGGAGUUCCCUCGGGAGCGGCUCAAAUUAGGGAAACCUUUGGGCCGCGGAGCCUUUGGUAAAGUGAUGCAGGCAUGUGCGUUUGGUAUAGACAACGCCACCGGCUGCAGGACUGUGGCUGUUAAAAUGCUCAAAGAGGGAGCUACAGCCAGUGAACACAAAGCCCUGAUGACUGAGCUGAAGAUCCUCAACCACAUUGGACACCACCUGAAUGUGGUCAACCUCCUGGGAGCCUGCACCAAACCUGGAGGACCACUGAUGGUUAUUGUUGAGUACUGUUGCUAUGGGAAUCUCUCGACCUUCCUAAAGAGCAAGAGGGAUGUGUUUGAACACAACCAGUCAGCUAAAGGAAAUGAUGGAGGGCCAAGGUGGGGCAGUAGCAUGUCUGACAGCCAGAGCAACAUUAGAACAGAUCAAGGAGAGAAGAAAGACAGUGGCAACGUUCCCAACUCUGCUUCCAAUACUCCUUUAUUUCUGGAGGAUCUCAUCUCUUUUAGCUUCCAGGUGGCUCGAGGAAUGGAGUUUCUGGCAUCACGCAAGUGUAUUCACAGAGACCUGGCAGCCAGGAACAUUCUGCUCUCUGACAAUAAAGUGGUGAAGAUCUGUGACUUUGGCCUGGCCAGAGACAUAUACAAAGACCCCGACUACGUCCGCAAGGGAGAUGCUCGUCUCCCUCUGAAGUGGAUGUCUCCUGAGUCUAUCUUCGACAAGGUGUUCACUACCCAGAGUGACGUGUGGUCCUAUGGCAUCCUGCUGUGGGAGAUCUUCUCUCUGGGAGCCUCCCCAUACCCUGGUCUUCACAUAGAUGAGGAGUUUUGCCAUAGACUGAGGGGGGGAACAAGGAUGCGAGCACCGGAGUACAGCACACCUGAGAUUUACAGCACAAUGCUGGCAUGCUGGGAGGACCAUCCCUCAGACCGACCCACCUUCACCAACCUGGUGGACACACUGGGAGACCUGUUGCAGGCCAGGGGUCAGCAGGAUGGGAAAGAUUAUGUCCCUCUGGGAUCUUUCAUUACUGGAGACACAAAUUGCAGUGAGGCCUUCAAAGAAAAUCCCCUGGCAGUCACAAACCUGAGCUACAUGAGGGGUAUGGCUACACUUCAGACUUUUGAGGAACUACCCUGCGAGGAGCCAGAAAACUUUGAUGACGAGCAGAGUGACAGCGGCAUGGUCCUGCCUUCUGAGGAGCUGAAGCACAUGACUUGGAAUAACAGCACCAGUACCAAGAAACUCAGAAGGUUUUUCACUUUCAAGUGCCAGGACAACCGGGUGCCUUUCCUGCUAAAUGAUGACGAGCCAUCUAUCCUGCCGUGUGACUGGGAGUCUGACGACCGCGGCUACCCUCCUCCGGCCUACAACUCCACCUUUCUCUAUCCCUCCCUCUAGCAUCUGCUCUUGUCUAAUUCUGACAGCUUUACACAGAAUAAGCAUAUUUUCCUGCUCGUCUUUUUUGUCCUUUGCCUUGUUAAACCAUCUGUUAGAUUUUCUUCAGUUUCAAACGUCACAUUGUGUCAUACAACAGGGCUUCCUUAUAAUUAUCAACUAACAUCUUAAUGUAGUUCCCCUUCCAAGAGCAGCUAAUUAUUACCUGACAGUACUUAUCCCAUGCAGUUAUGCUGAAUGUAUUCAUCAACCUACAACUAUUAGGGCGUAUUGUAUUGGUACCUCAUACUCCAAGCUUUGUGAAGAACAACACUGCUGUUCCUCUUACACAGCUACUUACUAUAUGCUGGAAAGUUAUUGCCCUUUGAAAUAUAUUAGAAGGUAUCUCUAUUUAUUUUAAUGCUGUAAUCAUUCAGUGGAAGUCAUUUAUUAAUUAAGUCUGUGCCUUCAAUUUUAUAUCUGUAUCUGACCUUCUGUGAAUGUAAACUAUGCUCAGUUGCCAAUUUAUUGGGUAGCCCUAGCUAAGUAUAAUGCAGUCAUACACAACAGCCCUGCUAUGAAAUGAUUCCUGUUCAGUUCUAUUGAAACUGCUGUAAAAAAAUGCUCUGAUUUGUCCCCCCCAGUAAUGUUGAUUGAUUGGGGUGGACAAAAUGUUAUAAAUGCCUUUUUAAUUGAAUAUACUCUAAUGCAAAGAACAGCCUGCAAAAUGAGCAUAAGGCUUCCAAAACGUUUUAACAAAUUUAAAAAGCUGACCGUAGAGCUGGUGUUUUAGACUGCAUUAGCUUUAUCUGGAAUGACCUAAUAAAUGAACAGCUGAGUGUAUUCAGCCCUGCAUUAAGUAUUCUUUGUUGUAAAAUUAAGUCAUAUGUCAAGUCACACACAUGUAUUUUGAUUUGCAAAAAACACUAAAUGCAUGUAAAUCAGUUCAUUUCAGUGUAGUGUUUUUCCUCCAAUCCAUCAGAGCAUCAGAGGUGACGAUUAGCUGAUUGACAGAAAGUUAAUUGGUGACUGUUUUGAUAAUCAGUUAAAUUAAAUUAAAUUGCUUAUCUACAAUACGUGUGAUGUGUGAUAGGUAUCAAACAAACACUACAGUUUUUUACACAUACAGUAACAUUUCCAAACACUGGUUCCAGCAAUUGUAAAGGAGAUUAAUCUUGAUUCAAAUCAAAUCAAAUCAAAUUUUAUUUGUAUAG